AGCGGCGGGGCCAAUCGCGUGCUGGCAGUGCCGGAGGUGCGCGUUGGCGGCGGGGGCAUCUCGCCUUUCUCUCCCGUGCGCGGUGGGGCCGGCGGCGGGCGCAGGCUCUUGAAGCAAUAGGCUGUUGGAUUUUGAUCCCGCCCAGAAUACUUGAUUUUUUUCUCAGCAAGGAUAUAUAGCAGCGAUUUUGUUUGCCAACCUAAGAAAGAAAGGCAAUGGAAACUGAACAACAGGAAGAGACCUUUACCAACACAGAGACAAAUGAUCUCUCUACAGGCAAACGUCCUGCAGAAGAUAUGGAGGAAGAGCAGGCUUUCAAGAGAUCUCGGAACACAGAUGAGAUGGUUGAAUUGCGCAUCUUGCUUCAGAGCAAAAAUGCUGGAGCAGUGAUUGGAAAAGGCGGCAAAAAUAUUAAGGCACUUCGUACAGACUACAAUGCCAGUGUUUCAGUCCCAGACAGCAGUGGCCCCGAGCGCAUCUUGAGUAUCAGUGCAGAUAUAGAGACAAUUGGAGAAAUCUUGAAGAAGAUUAUCCCUACUUUGGAAGAGUAUCAGCACUACAAAGGCAGUGACUUUGACUGCGAAUUGAGACUUCUCAUUCACCAAAGUUUGGCAGGAGGAAUUAUUGGUGUCAAGGGUGCUAAAAUUAAAGAACUUAGAGAGAACACUCAGACCACCAUUAAGCUCUUCCAAGAGUGUUGUCCUCAUUCUACUGACAGAGUGGUGCUUAUUGGUGGAAAACCCGAUAGAGUCGUUGAAUGUAUCAAGAUUAUCUUGGAUCUUAUCUCUGAGUCUCCAAUCAAAGGACGGGCCCAGCCUUAUGAUCCCAAUUUCUAUGAUGAGACAUAUGACUAUGGUGGCUUCACAAUGAUGUUUGAUGAUAGAAGGGGACGUCCAGUAGGCUUUCCAAUGCGUGGAAGAGGAGGUUUUGAUCGAAUGCCCCCUGGUCGUGGUGGACGACCUAUGCCUCCAUCGAGAAGAGAUUAUGAUGACAUGAGCCCUCGCAGAGGACCUCCACCACCUCCACCAGGUCGUGGUGGUAGAGGUGGCAGCAGAGCUCGUAACCUUCCUCUUCCUCCUCCACCCCCUCCUCGUGGCGGAGAUCUUAUGUCCUAUGACCGAAGGGGCAGACCGGGAGACCGUUACGAUGGCAUGAUUCCUCUUUCCUGGGAAGAGAAAUCAUAUGUCUGGGAGAUGAUGCAGUGUCAUGUUGAUGCCUGUGAUGACAUGCAGCCACCAGAGUUGUUUGAGGGUGGCUCUGGAUAUGAUUAUUCUUAUGCAGGGGGGCGCGGUUCAUAUGGAGACCUUGGUGGACCCAUCAUCACAACACAAGUAACAAUUCCCAAAGAUUUGGCAGGAUCUAUUAUUGGAAAGGGAGGCCAGAGAAUCAAACAGAUACGUCAUGAGUCGGGAGCUUCGAUCAAAAUUGAUGAACCAUUAGAAGGCUCAGAAGAUCGGAUAAUAACUAUUACGGGAACACAGGACCAGAUACAAAAUGCACAGUAUUUACUGCAGAACAGUGUGAAGCAGUAUGCAGAUGUUGAAGGAUUCUAAUGCAAGAUUAUUUUUUCUUUUUUAUAGUGUGAAGCAGUAUUCUGGAAAGUUUUUCUAAGACUAGUGAAGAACUGAAGGAGUCCUGCACCCCUUUUUUUUUUGUUUGUUUUUUUAAUCUGCUUCUCUUUAAAAAGCCAACAUUCCUCUGCUUCAUAGGUGUUCUGCAUUUGAGGUGUAGUGGAAUCUUUGCUGUCCACCAGAUGUAAUGUUUUAGUUCCUUACAAAUACGUGGGGGGAGGGAAAGGGCACACAAGACUAACAUUGAAAUUUUGAAGCAGCAGCAGAGAGAGUGAAUUUUAUUUUUGUUCAUUGUUGGUGGUAAAUUGUAAUGUUUUCAUUGUAAUUGUUGUGAACACCCUGCUUUACGUACACUGUAUCUCUUCUUCGGAAGUGGGGAGAAUACUGCUAGUCCACAUGUCCCUGGCAUUCUUUGAGAGCAGUGUGCACAGUGUAAUGCUCUUUUGUAAGAAACAUGUUACGAUUUCUAAAUAAAUUAGUGAACCUAUUCUUGGUAGUCACUUUUCUUCA